AUGUCCGAUGCGAGAACCCUGGUGGCCACUUCCUGUCCGAGCAGCCCUGACUUCCCUGCCAAAUGCCUGGGCAGGGGGCAACGCCAGAGUGCGCAGAGGGCGGGGUUAGGAGUAGCAGGAGGAGGUGUCCGGGGAGAGUGGGGAAAAACCUGCCCAAAGCUUCCUUACACCGGGCCCUCCCUCGCCUCCCUGCAGCGGGGCGGGCGAGGUUCAGAAGGUUCGGUCCACGGGGGUUCAGAAGGUUCGGUCCUCGGGGGUUUCGGAAGGUUCGGUCCUCAGGGUUCAGAAGGCUCGGUCCUCGGGAUUCAGAAGGUUCGGUCCUUGGGGUUCAGAAGGUUCGGUCCUCGGGGGUUCAGAAGGUUCGGUCCUCGGGGUUCAGAAGGUUCGGUCCUCAGGGUUCAGAAGGCUCGGUCCUCAGGGUGCAGAAGGCUCGCUCCUCAGGGUUCAAAAGGUUCGGUCCUCAGGGUGCAGAAGGCUCGCUCCUCAGGGUUCAGAAGGUUCGGUCCUCGGGGUUCAGAAGGUUCGGUCCUCAGGGUGCAGAAGGCUCAGUCCUCAGGGUUCAGAAGGCUCGGUCCUCGGGGUUCAGAAGGCUCGGUCCUCAGGAUUCAGAAGGUUCAGUCCUCGGGAUUCAGAAGGUUCGGUCCUCAGGGUGCAGAAGGCUCAGUCCUCAGGGUUCAGAAGGCUCGGGGUUCAGAAGGCUCGGUCCUCAGGAUUCAGAAGGUUCGGUCCUCGGGAUUCAGAAGGUUCGGUCCUCAGGGUGCAGAAGGCUCAGUCCUCAGGGUUCAGAAGGCUCGGUCCUCGGGGUUCAGAAGGCUCGGUCCUCAGGAUUCAGAAGGUUCGGUCCUCGGGGUUCAGAAGGUUCGGUCCUCAGGGUUCAGAAGGCUCGGUCCUCAGGGUGCAGAAGGCUCGCUCCUCAGGGUUCAGAAGGUUCGGUCCUCGGGGUUCAGAAGGUUAGGUCCUCGGGGUUCAGAAGGUUCGGUCCUUAGGGUGCAGAAGGCUCAGUCCUCAGGGUUCAGAAGGCUCGGUCCUCGGGGUUCAGAAGGCUCGGUCCUCAGGAUUCAGAAGGUUCAGUCCUCGGGAUUCAGAAGGUUCGGUCCUCAGGGUGCAGAAGGCUCAGUCCUCAGGGUUCAGAAGGCUCGGUCCUCAGGGUGCAGAAGGCUCGGUCCUCAGAAGGUUUGGUCCUCGGGAUUCAGAAGGUUUGGUCCUCGGGAUUCAGAAGGUUCGGUCCUCGGGGUUCAGAAGGUUCGGUCCUCGGGGUUCAGAAGAUUCGGUCCUCGGGGGUUCAGAAGGUUCGGUCCUCGGGGUUUCAGAAGGUUCGGUCCUCGGGGUUUCAGAAGGUUCGGUCCUCAGGGUUCAGAAGGCUCGGUCCUCAGGGUGCAGAAGGCUCGGUCCUCAGGGUUCAGAAGGUUCGGUCCUCGGGGUUCAGAAGGCGUUCAGAAGGUUAGGUCCUCGGGGUUCAGAAGGUUCGGUCCUCGGGGUUCAGAAGGCUCGGUCCUCAGGGUGCAGAAGGCUCGGUCCUCAGGGUUCAGAAGGUUCGGUCCUCGGGAUUCAGAAGGUUCAGUCCUCGGGGUUCAGAAGGUUCAGUCCUCGGGGUUCAGAAGGUUCGGUCCUCAGGGUGCAGAAGGCUCAGUCCUCAGGGUUCAGAAGGCUCGGUCCUCGGGGUUCAAAAGGCUCGGUCCUCAGGGUGCAGAAGGCUCGGUCCUCAGGGUUCAGAAGGUUCGGUCCUCGGGGUUCAGAAGGCGUUCAGAAGGUUAG